AUGAGGGCUCAGGCUUCUACAAUUGAUUACCGGCCGGUACAAGAUUUACGAGAGGUUAACUGGAGGACAGAGGACAUACAUCCCACGGUGCCGAAUCCCUACAACUUGCUCAGCACCUUACCCCCAAGCCAUGUCUGGUAUACGGUGUUAGAUCUAAAAGAUGCAUUCUUCUGCCUGAGGUUAAGCUCUCAAAGCCAGCCUAUUUUUGCUUUUGAAUGGAAAGAUCCUGAGACGGGAUUCUCAGGACAACUCACUUGGACAAGGCUGCCGCAGGGAUUCAAAAACUCCCCCACUUUGUUCGAUGAGGCCUUGCAUCGGGAUUUGGCAGAUUUCCGAGUUGGCCAUCCGGACCUCGUCCUCCUGCAGUACGUGGAUGAUUUGCUCCUGGCGGCUAGGACAGAACAGGAUUGUGUAAAAGAAACCGAGUCCCCCUCCCUAGUAAUGCAUGAUUGCCACCAGAUCCUAGCUGAAGUCCAUGGCACCAGAGGGGACUUGACGGACCAGCCUUUGCCAGAUGCUGAAGCAACCUGGUACACCGAUGGGAGUAGCUUUCUACGAAAUGAGGCUGUCCGGACACCGGGGCAACUCUCUCUCGAGUACUCAGACAGCGACCUAGAUAUCGUCCAGCAAAUAGGGGCAAAAUAUGACGAGCAAAUGAAGGUCUGGAAACACCAAGGGAAGACGGUCCUGCCCCAGAAAAGGGCCAAAGAACUGGUGACUCACCUCCACCGAUGGACUCACCUCGGACACAAAAAAUUAAAAGCACUCCUCCGGAGAGAAGGCUGGACAGAAGCUUUCCCCACCAAGCGAGAAACCGCCCAGGUGGUUGUCAAGAAAAUCCUGGAAGAAAUUUUCCCCCGGUUUGGACUGCCCAAGGUAAUAGGGUCGGACAACGGCCCCGCCUUCGUCUCCCAGGACAGGCUAAAGGCGCUCCAGAUUAUCCAGCACCAGAUCUGGAAACCCCUUGCGGCUGUCUACCGCCCCGGAGACACAACCGGCCCACACCCGUUCCAGAUCGGGGACUCCGUCUACGUCAGGAGACAUCAGUCCAGGACGCUUGAGCCCCGCUGGAAGGGCCCAUAUACUGUCCUACUGACCACCCCAACCGCCUUAAAGGUAGACGGCAUUGCUGCUUGGGUCCACGCCUCACACGUCCAGCGCGCCCCAUCAACGAGCACCGCUGACGCCAGCCAGGACGGACCGGACGAGCCACUCCAAUGGAAGCUCCACCGCACCCAAAACCCGCUCAAGAUAAGACUUUCAAAAAUUGUUCAAUGACAGUUGUUAUAUUCCUACCUCUCCUAGCGCUCUUCACCUCCACCAAAGGUGACCCUCAUGCCCUCAAAAGGUUAACCUGGCAGGUACUAACGUCUGGGGGUGACGAGGUCUGGUCUAUAACUAAGACCGCCCCCGUGGGAACCUGGUGGCCUGACCUAUAUCCUGACCUAUGCAAGCUAACCAUAGGGGCCCCUAGCCCAUGGGACCUAGAGGGAUACUUCGACACCUCUAGAGCCCCUAACCAAGAAAGCCCUCCAGGGCGACUGGGAUUAGACCCAUGGGGAGGAUGUGGCACGCCUGACAGAAGGGCCAUGCUAAGCACUCUUCCCUUUUAUGUCUGUCCCGGGCACCACAGAGAUCGCAGGCUAAAUCCCACCUGUGGAGGAGGGGAAUAUUUCUAUUGUAAAAAUUGGGGGUGCGAAACUACUGGGGAUACAGAAUGGAGGCCCUCCUCCUCCUGGGAUUAUAUCAC